AUGGCCUCAGCAGGCUCCGCAUGCGCUAUGAAUGCUUCCGCAGUAUCGCCAGGCCUCCAAAGGCCUAAUGUUAUCUCAGUGAAAGAAUUCAGAAUAAUCACUCAGAAGCUUCCUAUUUUGAAGGCUGAGCCAAUUGAGGAGAUGACGAAAAGAUUGGGUAUUGCGCCACCGGAAAUGAUAUUCGGCGAUAACUAUGUCACCAUCGAACAUGAAAAGAAGGAUUGGGGCAUUACUUUCAAUGCGUUCGACGCGCUGGAUCGUGUAGACAAGACGGGCACCUCAAUGCUCAGAGUUGCGCAUUCGAAAGAAUGGCAGAAGAGCAGGGAGAAAGCCCAUGAAGGUAUCAAGGAGGUUGUCAAACCGUUCGAUUGGUCCUACACCACAGAUUAUAUGGGCACUGUACAUCCCAACAGUCGGCCCUUCGAGACCACGACGAAGCCCAUACCUAUCGAGUUACUGAAGCGCCCAGAUCCGAUAUUGUUCUUUGAUGAGGUUAUGCUGUAUGAAGAUGAACUCGCUGACAACGGCAUUGCUAUGCUAUCCUGCAAGAUUCGUGUGAUGCCAGGCCGACUUCUUCUACUCUCAAGAUUCUUCAUGAGGCUCGAUAACGUACUCUUCCGGCUUCGAGAUACCAGAUUAUAUGUCGACUUCGAAAGCAUUGUGUCCUUGUGCUCUCCGGCCCAUCCGAACCGCAAUGCCCUUUGGGUCCAGCAGACUUUGAGUUCAGUUCCACAGUGGCGGGCCUCUUCACGACUGUCAAGGGCUAUAAUGCCUCGCCCUGGAACGGCUGCGGAAACAUAUGUCGCCUACGGCAUGACGCAGAAAUUAUUUGAGGUUUGUUCCAGUCAAGCCGACUACAGCAUUCCUCAAUUAUCCCAGAAAGGGGCUCAAGUUCCCAAAACUGAAGCCGGAGAGGAUCUUGGAGUAGGAGAGGGGUGGUGGUACGAAGAUUUGGGAUUGGUUCCAACCUUCUCGACGUGGUCCCAGGUUACGUUUCUGCACAUGUACCUUCUCACCGUCCGGUUGCGCGCUUUGCCUUCAUUUGACAGUCUGCAAACAUACUCCCGUCACUUGAUAGACCACUUCUCACAUAAUGCAGAGCAUCGCAUGGAUGUUCUACAUGGUCUGACAAGUCGCGCCAUCCGGAACAAGUUUCUCAAAGAUCUUUUUAUUCAAUGGCGAGGCGUCCUUGCUGCAUACGACGAAGGCCUGGUGAAAGGUGACGCUGUGCUAGGAGCUGCUGUCUGGAGAAACCUCUGGAAAGCAAGCCACACCGGGCCGCAUGGUGAAGAUAUGGAUUGGACUAAGGUAGCACGGGUUGUUGCAUAUAUGCGCCGUGUUAUAUCGGAGCUUUCCCAGAUCAACGAGGCCGAUCUUAUUCUACAUAUCGGCGCCAGGCCUGGUGGAAAGCCUGGCAUCUUUGGUUACUCGGAAUUGGAUAAGCAGUUGGUCGAUGGGAAGCGAUGA